AUGGAACAAGAAGGUAAUGCUGGUAAGGGUGUUAGUGGUGAUGAUGAUGAUGCUGAGGAGGAGGAGGAUGAGGGUAAUGCUGGUAAGGGUGAUCAUAAGAAUGACGUACGUCUUUUCAGGCGACAAUCUUCUUAUGCGAAAAUGUCCCUGUGGGAACUAAAGGAUGAAUGUGAAAGAGUCAAGGAUAUUAUUGAAAAAUUUGCUUUGUAUACUGUUGUUGUGAACUCUGUGAUUUCCUAUGACAAGGUUGCAGUAUCAAGUUUCCGUGAGAGGUUUUACGGAGAAACCCAUACCUUCCAAUUCCCUUUUGGUGAGAUGGCAUUGAUACCCGAUGAUGCAGAUCAGAUUUUAGGGCUGCCGGUGGAAGGAAAAUCCACCAACGAAAAGUUCAAGAAAAGGCUUAGUUGGGAAGAAAUUUAUGGAUUGACCGAGAGAUUGUUUGGCUGGGAUCAAGAGACCACGAAUGGCAUGUUCGUGAAGGGAAAGAAAUACCCGAAGAAAGAGUUCAAACUCGUUGAGAUUAGGGAGAUGUUUGCUGGAACACUAAUCAGAGAGCAAGUUGAAGGUCUAUCUGAUAUGCAAUGUCGUUAUGCAGCGGCUGGGUAUUUUUUGUACACACUUGCAUCGGUUAUAUUUCCCGACAGUAAGGAUAACCGGGUGAGUGUCAGCCUUCUUCAACUUUUGGAUCAUUUGGAAGAUGUAAAGGACUACUCUUGGGGGACUGCCAUGGUAGCACAUUUGAAUUGUCAGUUAUCAACUGCAUCUCGAGAACGAUAUUCUCAAAUCCAUGGGAAUACGGCUCUACUCCAGGUGUGGAUUUACGACUGUUUCCCUUCAUUGAUCAAAGAUAAUCCCGACAUCAAAAUCAACCCAGAAUGGAACAAAAAUAAACCAAGAGGCACUCGAUACUUGUACACUGGAUGUCAGGAUAAGGAACAAAAGGAUGCUUUGUUAGUGGUACGCUUCUAA